CUGGGCAGAGCGAGAGAGAAACAAAGUAGCAAGUCUGUUUCACCCAGCCCUGAGCAAACUUCCCGGGCUGGCGGGGGGAGGGGAGGGAAGCCCGCAGAGCCCGGCUCGGGUCUCCUUCUCUGUCCGUCGGGGGGCUGCCUUAGGAGUGGUUCGCAGUUCCCUCUCCCCCCCAGGAGGAGCCCGGCUUGAUGCGGUGCUGCCCGGAGAGCUCGGCUGACUUUCCGUUCUUCGCUCUCCCCCUUUUUUAAAUGUAUCACUUGAUGGGUGUGAACAGCACAGACGCAGCCACACAGCCCAAUGUCUCCUGCACAUGCAACUGCAAAAGGUCUUUGUUCCAGACUAUGGAGAUCACGGAGUUGGAGUUUGUACAGAUAAUCAUAAUCGUGGUGGUGAUGAUGGUGAUGGUGGUCGUUAUCACAUGUUUGCUGAACCACUACAAACUCUCUGCACGAUCCUUCAUCAACCGGCACAGUCAAGGGAGAAGGAGAGAUGAGAAUCUAUCUUCAGAAGGAAGUCUGUGGCCUUCAGAAAGCACAGUGUCAGGAAAUGGAGUAACAGAGCAGCAAAUCUACACUCCAAGACCCACAGACAGACUAUCAGUUCCAUCGUUUUUGCAGAGGGACCGUUUUAAUAGAUUCCAACCAACAUACCCCUACAUGCAACAUGAGAUUGACCUCCCACCCACCAUCUCCCUAUCAGAUGGAGAGGAGCCGCCUCCUUACCAGGGACCCUGCACACUACAACUCCGAGAUCCAGAGCAGCAAAUGGAACUAAACAGAGAAUCGGUCCGGGCCCCUCCCAAUAGAACCAUCUUCGAUAGUGACUUGAUAGAUAACUCAGUGUUCGGAGGGCCUUGCCCACCCAGCAGUAACUCUGGCAUCAGCGCAACCUGCUAUGGAAGCAAUGGUAGAAUGGAAGGACCGCCGCCGACCUACAAUGAGGUGAUAGGUCACUAUCCAGGAUCUACAUUUUUCCAGCACCAGCAGAACAACAAUGGCAUGUCCUCGAUACUGGAGGGCAGCAGACUCCACCAUUCACAAAUCAAUGGCCUUGAGAGCACAACUGCGUGGAACAAAGAGAAAGAGAAACAAAAAGGACACCCCUUUUAAAAACGAAAAACAUCAAACACGAAAGUAAGAACACUCUGCACUUCUCAUUAAAAGAAAAAAAGAGAGAGUAGGGGAAGACGAGCAAAAAAUAAGAAGCCCUUUCCCACCACUCUGUGUAUUAUAUUUACUUGUUAUGUCUGGUCUGAAUGCACAAGCCAAGAAAGCUUGCAAAAACUUUUCUUUAUUGAGCUGCAUCUAGAAGUUUAAAAAGGAGAAAAAAAAAAAAGAAUCAACCAUAGUCAUUCAUUUUUUGUUGUUGUUGUUGUUGUUUCUAGUUGAGCUGUGUGUGUGGAUGCUUUUUUUUUUAUUUCACUUAACUUUAAAAAAAAUAUUUGCACAAAAACGUUUUGUUUAAAGAUCUGCAAUAUAUAUAUAAAUAUAUAUUAAAAAAUAAGAGAAACUGUAUGUGUGAGGAGCAGAAGUAUUUUUGUAUUAGAAGAGGCCUAGUAAAAUAAAAAAAAGUUUUUGUUGUUUUCUGAACUAGGAG